AUGACCUGGCAGCAAAUCUAUGUCGUUGCGACUUGCAGCCCAGGCCCUAGAUACCUGCGAUACUCUGUAAGUUCCAAGUGGCACUUGUAUGCCCGCCUCACGUCAGACAGACAAGAUGAUCCCUAUGACCCACGUUAUGUGUCUCUAUAUUGCCAAAAACGAUUGAACCAAGAACUUGGCUUCGCGGUCCCUCCCGUCGAACCAUCCCUUUCGGGCGGCUGCGAGCGUUGUCUCACUGCCGCUCGAUCUUGUCUUCCUAUCGGAGUCGUCCCUUCAUCCGAACUCAAUGUGACUGAGACUCCUGUGGCCUCCGUAAUCAUCUCAACCUCUAAAGGACGUAGCAAAAAAGCCCUCAUGAAGCCAAAAGCAAGACAAAAUGUGCUAGGCAACUCAAAAACUGUCCGCUCCAUGGCUUGGCGGCUUCAGCUAAGAAGGGUUGAAGUGGUCGGUGAGACGGCCAAUCGAAUUUCCACCCCGCGCAUAGGGCUGAUCGGUUCACUGCGAUUUCAACCCACUCGGAGUGGUCAUGGCCAAGAUGGUUUCUUCUACUUCGAGUAUGAAGAGCAAGAUAUCAUUUCAACUUUCAUUGCACAGCUGGUACCGUUUCUUCGAGCAUUUUUCUUACCGUUCUGCAUCAAGUCAACGCCUUUCCGGCGUCAAGUUCUGAACAUGAACGCGAUUAACAAACUUGUAGAGAAUAUGGGGAUAUAA